UCAGACCUAUCUAUAAGACCGUGAUAUUAUCAAUAUAAACAUAAACACGAGAAACGUUGAACUAUAGUAAGAACAUAGUUCUGGUUGUGGACGGACUAAAUCGUUAACAAAGAAAAAGUUUAAAUGAAAUGAAUUUGUAUUUUAUAUGUUGAACAAAACGUAAUUUGGUGUUGAUAUUUUGCUUGUUAGUAAAUCUUCCAAACAAUUUUUUAAGUGAAAGGAAAUGACGUUUACGUCAGGUGUUAUAAAUAAACAUUCAUAACUCCAUUUGUUAUAGGACAAAAGUGUAUUUCUUUGCAGUCAUGCUUGCUCGUAUUUCGUUUUAUCCUACUUUGUUUUACAAUGUUGUUAUGGAAAAAAUUUCUCAUCGUCGAUGGUACGACCGCAUAGACGAAACUGUUAUAUUGGGUGCCUUGCCGUUCAGAAGCAUGACGAACAAGCUAUUAAAUGAAGAAAACGUGAAAGCGGUUGUGUCCAUGAAUGAAGAUUAUGAGCUAAACUUUUUGGCUAAUGGCGGAAAGCAGUGGGCGAGGCACGGCGUGCAGUUCCUGCAGCUCAGCACGACGGACAUAUUCGAGACCCCGGACCAGGACAAGCUGCGCAGGGGGGUGGAGUUCAUGGAGCGGUUCCAGGGGUCUCGCGCCAGCGUGUACGUGCACUGCAAGGCUGGCCGGACGCGCAGCGCCACGCUCGUCGGCUGCUACCUCAUGAGCAAACAUGGCUGGACGCCUGCGGAGGCUGUGGAAUUCAUGAGGGCCAGAAGACCUCACAUUCUGCUCCAUUCCAAACAGUGGCGAGCCUUGGAAAUAUUCUUCAAGACAAACGUCAGAUGACACACUCCGACACAGUGUGUCAUCAUCACUGAAAACUAAAGAGUGGGACAGGUUUAUUUGUUUCUUCGCUUAACGUACUUGGUUGCUAUGCUUUGUUUUAUAGUCUUUAUUCGUAUAAAAGUGGAGGGAAGUACAUAAGACUGACUCAGUGGCAUUUCAGUGACAGUGCACAGUAUUGACGGGAAUGAUUGUAGUGGAAUAAGGGAACAUUUGCCAUUAAGUGCUGAAAAAACUUAUGUCGCUGUUGUUUUUAUUUUGGCCCUCUACUGCCAGGGAAUUCAAACAAGUAUGUGCUGUAUUUAUCUGAAUAUAUUCAAUGGUUUUUACCAAAACUGCUAAACCUAAAAGUAAGAAUCAAAUUAUAAUCGCAAACUUGUAUCUUGCGGGCUGGGAAAAGCUUAGCUAAAACCACACGCUCUGCCUUGAUCUGCGUCACUUAAACCACUAUAGACUGCAGGCGUGACACAUGAGACAAGAUAACACGUUGGCAACCACCAUAUAUCACCACAUUCUUUGCUCUCUGACAAAUUGCUUAUGAACUACAGCCAUAAAACUCUUUUCCUUAUAAUUGCUGCCUUUCUUUUCUUCUAAUUGCUUGUUUCCUUUUUAAAAUGGCCGUGCAAAUCACUCUACAGACAGAAAGUGGCACCAGAAAAGCUGUUACUAAUUAUUGUAUAAAUUUACUCAUUAAAAUAAUGUUUUAAUAUCUGUUUGUAUAAUUGUGAUUUUUACACCAUAUAGUAUUUUUAAUAAACUCAUAAUGAAAAAGUUUAGGGUCUCAUUAUAUUCAGUCGCAGUAUUUACAGGUAAAUACAGUAUGUGCCAGUGUUCAAGGAAACAAUCAAAUAUAUACUGCUAUUAUUUUUCAUGAAUUUUUUUUUAUAUAUAUUUCUCUGCAGAUACGUACUUUCAUUCCACUGACAAAUUGGCCAAAAAAUACCUAUGUGAAUGUUUGCAUGGUAAAAUUACAAUAUUGUUCAUAAUUCAAGUUUUUACAUAUGAUAUAGCAAUGGCUUGAUGAAAUCAUUAUGUUUAGACCAAUAUGUAUUAUGUAUACAGUGUAUGAAUUCUGUAGUUUUGUUAACAAUUUAUGACUUAGUUUUUGUUUUACUGUGUCAACGUUUAGAGGCUAAUACUAUGCAUUUUAGCAGUGCUUCCCUCCCUUGUUUUUUCUCAGUUCCACUUUCUUUUCACCAUUAGGUUUUAUAUAUUUUUACUAUGCACUUUUUGACUUUUUGGGUAUUAUAAAGUUCUUAUACAGUGAAAUUAAUUAGCCUUAGUUAAUUUUUUUAAUACAACAUAUAUAAUAAUUUUGUUGUGAAAUGGAUAACUGUUAUUUAUUGUGUAUUUAAUUUUAAGUGUGUAUCCCAUAUUUUAAAAUUUAAGAAUGUCAAACAGUGCUCCAAACUGUGAUUGGGUGAAAAAUUUUGGACGUGUCCGAAACCAAAAAUUUCUAUCAAAUCACUUACCCUCAUUACAAGAGACUUAAUAUGUUAAUUAGAAAUGAACGGGAUUCCGAAACUCGGGAUAAAAGUCUGGAAAGAGACCAUUCCCGAACUUCAGGAAAUAAUUUUUUUCUUUGGGAUAAUACCUUGGGAAAACCAUUUUUUUUCAAUAGUAAAACCCUUUGGCAAACUAUUUUUUUAUUAUAAAAAUUUUAUGUGUUUACUUUUUUGUCACCAUUUGUGUCACAUAAUAAACAUCAACUUUGCACAUGUAUUAACCAGACAAAGCACAAAGAUAUCACAAAACACACAUAAGACAUAUCUGUGAAACGUAAGUUCAACACUCAUUCAUAAACGCUAUUAAAAAUAAAAACUCUAAAUAAAGUAUUUCAUAUUUUAUUCAUGUUAUUAUAUUCAUAUUUUUAAUUAAUUAAUUUUUACUUUUGACAAAUGUAAACAUCUUUACUGCAUCGCUGGGUUAUGUUUUAAAAUGAACCUUACAAGAGUGGCAAUGAACAAUUUUGUCGAACGUGUGAUAUUUAAACAAUGCCAACACCAUUUUUAACAAAGAGAUCGAAACAGUUUUCAUAAAAAUAGGAGCCGUUUUAAGUUUUUGCAGUUGUUCAUUAUCUGCGAUCGAAAGUAAAUCAUGGAAAAUGAGAAUGUGAUUCAAAAGUGGAUGUGAUAAUUGUUUAUGAUAAAUUGUAUGAAAAUAAAAACCUGUGGUUUCUAAAUUUGGCAUUCCAGGCAGUAGUGCUAAUGGUGAUCCUGGAGUGACUCCAGCACCUAUUUGGACAUUCUUCAAGAAAUUACCUGCUAACAUGAUGCAAUGCACUUUUGCUCUUUUAUCUUAGAAAAUGUAAUAUGGUUCAACAACAGGAAUGCACAGACAUGUAAUACAUCCUAAAAGUCAUUUUUCAAGAAAAAAGCAGCAAGGGAGUUUGCCAUUGAACCUGUUUUCUCUAGUGCUGGUAAUAUUGUCAGUAACAAAAUAAAAAGUGAACAUAUUGAAGAAUUACCAUUUCUUUACGAAAAUUUCAAGUAGAAUAGGGCAUAAAAUGUUUGUUUUUAUUUCCUUUAUGUGUUAUUAUUUUUCCUUAUGUGUCAAUAUUUUUUGUGAACUUGAAAUCAUUUGUGCUAUUUAUGUAGAUGGUUUAUGAGAGACUUAUAAACAUGCACAUUUAAAUAUUUUUUUGCCUUCUGUAUAUUAAGUUAAGUGACAUAAUUUCAAUGCUAUUGCUCCCGAUCACGAUAAUCAAAUAUCUUUCCCUACCGAAUCGUAUCUCGAAGUAUAAUUGCAAUGUACUUAAAUAUCAUCUAGUCACUGAUGUCUUUAGAGGUUUGUUUGUAGACUUAUAUUGUGCACAUGAUUUCUAGUUUAUAUAUAUGGUAUGUAAUUAAUGGCUAUUUCAUAAUAUUUUGAGUUGCCUGACAACUGCAUUACAGUUGUCAGUUUCUAUGUUUAUACUAUAGGAAUUGCUAAAGACUGGGAAAAUUCAUGGACUCUUUUUGCAAUAGGCUGAAGUUGAAAUACUUUUAUUUUUGGCCCACACUGGAGGACUACAAUAUUUGCCAAAGAAAUAUUGAAUCACAUGCUACGCUGUUGACAUCUCAGUCAAUAGCCAAUGAACCAAUUAAUUAUAUCCAAGUGUGCAGAUGACUGUGGCACCAUCUGUUCUAGAGGUCAUUAAACCCUCAAAUAAUUUACUAAUCCGUACCUAGAGAACCGUCAAAAACAUUCUUUUUUGUUCUGCGCUAUAUUCACCUGGUCACUUUCCAAGUUCAGAGGUUUUUUUAUUAAAUCAUCUUAGCAAAUCUGGAAUAUUUCAGGAAAUUUUUUUUUUCCACCCAAAACUUUUCCCGAAUUUCAGGAUCCCGCACAGCUCUAGAGAUAAGUUCUGUGUAACUUCUUAUCAAUAUUUUUUUAUAAUAAUUCAUGCUGUAACCCUUAAAAUAAUACAAAUAGCAACAGAGUGAAAACACCUUCCUUCCAUGUGGGCCUAACCAGUUCUGCAGUUUGAGUGACUUUCCUCUCCUGACCAACUGUGAUAUUCUUUUUUAAGGUAAUUAUUUUAAAAUAGUGUUUAUUCUAUAAACGUUUUGUAGAUUUCUGCAUGUUUAUACUACUGUUUAUAUUCUGUAUUCCUUGUUUUGUUGGUUAAGAUCAGAGUGGUUCAGGAAUUGAUAGCCAUCUUAGGCCAGAAAUUUUCCAAUGAUAUUCAUUAAAUGUUUUGAUAAAACCACAACAAUAAAUUUUGGCACAUUAAACUGUAAAUGAUAAAUGUAUUUCAUAGACUCUUUAUGUUGAUAUACAUGACUUGUAAGAAUAGUAACAAAUAUAACAGUAAUGAAAAUUAAAUUCACACCUUCCUAAAAGACAUGAGGCCACCUAGUUUUUUGUACUGUUUUUUUCCACAUGCAAUCUAAAAACUUUCUGGUAGCAUAUUAUGUGAAAAUUAUGUGAGCGAAGAGAAGCUAUAAAUAAAGGUUUUUGUUUCGCUCUAUCUCAGAUAAGCAUCUAGGACUUGACAGUCAAUGGACUGUGGAGGGGGUGAGAGAGAGGGGUCUGAUUUUCGAGCGUUACCAAAAUUACGAUAACGUGAGGGGAAUAGUUAGGUACGUGGUGGGGGAACCGGUAGAGCAGGAGAGUGGUCAGCGGCGACCCCACUCCAAUGCAUGCACUAGCGGUCGAAUGGGAAGCCAACAAAAAGGUGGGUGGGUGGGUGGGUGGGUGAUAGGUGCAUAGGAGCAUGCUAUAUGCUAGUUGUAACGGCCGGAAGGGGAGACGGCAGGAGAGAGGUAGAAAUGAUGCAGCAGUGAUGCUGCACCCGUCUGACACUCGUCUUCUUUCCGUUCAGUCACAGGUGGUUGCUUUUGGUUCGCUAAAGUGCAAAAUGGUGAUAUGCAAUCUUCUCAUAAAUCGAGCUUCUAAUUUAACUGUGAAAAUUUUGAAAGAGAACGUACUUAAUUUCAUUUUGCAUUUGUUGUUUGUAAAUGUACAUUUUUCCAUCCAAAUAAUCCCACUUGACCAUUACUGCAUCUCUGAGUUCAACGGCAUUAGGAAAUAAAUUUUUAUAUAUUUGUAACAACUGUGAACAUGUGCACCAUCAGAAUAGCAUUUUAAAUGCCUUGUUCUUGGGGCAGGUUAGUAUUGUAGGUAAGCUUAUAUAGGUAUUAUCUGUGGUUUAAAGAUAUACCUACUGUAGUCGUAUGUUUCGUCACUCCAGAACCAAGGCCUGGCUCCAUAUUAUUAGUGGCUGUAUAAAAUUGUUCUACCUACUUAUGUCAGAGUAACUCAAACCAAGUAAGAUAUGUUGAAGUAUUAAGGUAUUUAUUUAAUUUGACCGACAGUUUGCGACAAUAAAAACGUCAGGCCUUGGUGGCAGUGUGCUGCCAACUAGUAUAUUCUUGAAUACUGGCAACUGUCACUGCCUACUAGAAUUUGUUAUGUGUUUUAUAUGUAUUUUUUGUUUUACAGAAGGCCUGUGAAAAUAUUCAGAAUUUUAAAUACUGAAUAUCACACCGAUGUGAGUACUGAAUAUGUUGAACAUUUGUAAUUUUCUUUCAGAAAGAACACUGAUCUGAUUUGGUGGUGCUUGUGGUGUGUGAUACAUGUAUGUAAAGUAUUGGACAGCACCAUAUAUGACGUAGUUACUAUGAAAUGUAUAGUUGAGAAAUAAAAUAUGUUGUUAUACUGUA